UUUCUCUCACUAUCUUAGUCUUUCUUCUCCCUCUAUCUCCGCCGCUUCGUCUGCAAUCUUAGACACCACUUUUCACUUUCUCUCUCUAAAAUUCACAUUUUGAUCACCCCCUCCAAAAAUCACUACCAUCACUUUCUUUCUCCUUCUUUCUCGAGAAAAUGGCAAAACCUCAUCUGGGUUCCAUGCUUUUCUCUCUCUUCUCCCUCCUUUCUUUCCUCGUCUCGGUUCAGUCUCAGUCCAGCUCAACCGACGCUUCAGUAAUGCAGGACCUGAAAACCAGCCUCAACCCACCGAGUUCACUUGGCUGGACCGACUUAAACCCCUGCAAUUGGCAACACGUAGCUUGCUCCAACGACGGCCGAAUCACCCGGAUCCAAAUCGGGCAUCAAAACCUCCAAGGCUCUCUCCCUCCCUCAAUUAACAAACUCACUGCCUUACUGAGUUUAGAGGUCAUGUCCAACCAACUCAUUGGUUCGCUCCCGAGUUUCGCCGGGUUGAACUCGCUCCAGUUUCUCUUGCUCAACGACAACAGCUUCUCUUCCAUUCCCUCCGAUUUCCUUUCCGGCUUAACCUCUCUCCAAGAAGUAUUUCUCGAUAAAAACCCCUUUUCGGCUUGGCAAAUUCCGGUAACUUUCCGAGACGCCUCAACUCUCCAAGUCUUCUCGGCCGUUUCCGCUAACAUCACCGGAAAAAUCCCCGAUUUUCUCGGCGGCGACACCUUCUCGAGCCUCACGACUCUUCACUUGUCUUUCAAUUACCUCGAGGGUGAGCUUCCUGCGAGCUUUUCGGGUUCUCCGAUUCAGUCUCUGUGGCUAAAUGGGCAGAUGAGUAGUUCUAAGCUCAAUGGCUCAAUUGCUGUGAUUCAGAACAUGACUCAAUUAACCGAAGUUUGGUUACAAUCCAAUUCCUUUUCGGGCCCUUUACCGGACAUUUCGGGCCUUGCCAUGUUGCAGAACUUCAGUGUGAGAGACAGUGCGGUUACGGGUCCGGUACCGGAUUCUUUUGUGAAUCUUCCAUCGCUUAGGGUUGUGAAUUUGACCAACAAUCAAUUGCAAGGUCCAACCCCGAAAUUUCCCCCUUCUGUUGGGGUUGAUUUGAUACCUGGAACAAAUAGCUUCUGCUUAUCUGAUCCCGGAGUUCCGUGCGAUCCCCGAGUGAAUACAUUGCUUUUGACUGCGCAAUCUGUUGGUUACCCGACUGUUUUUGCCGCGAAUUGGAAAGGUAAUGAUCCCUGUGCAGGGUGGUUGGGGAUCAGUUGUAGUAACGGAAGCAUUACUGUUGUUAAUUUUCAGAAAAUGGGUCUUACGGGUACGAUUUCUCCGAAUUUCUCUUCGAUUACUUCGUUGCGGAUACUGAUUCUUGCUAAUAAUAAUUUGACGGGUACUAUCCCGAAUGAGCUUACAACUUUGCCUAAUCUUAAACAAUUAGAUGUUUCCAACAAUCAGCUUUAUGGGAAAAUUCCAUUGUUUAAGAGUAAUGUGCUUGUAAAAACUGAUGGCAACCCUGAUAUUGGGAAGGAUAGUGGUGGUCCGACUCCGGGGACACCCGGAACCCGAACACCCCCAGGGAGUACACCUAGUACACCCUCGAAUGAUGGUAGGAAGACUUCGGUGAUUGGUGGUGUUUGUGCGGUUUUCGCUUUUGGGGUCGGAUUGUUCUGUGUUUACAGGGCUAAACGAAAGCUUUCUGGUAGGGUGCAGAGUGAAACAUUUACUCAUGGAAAUGGUGGACCCAGUAACAUUCAUGUUAUUGAAUCUGGAAGCAUGGUGAUCUCGAUUCAAGUUUUGAAGAACGUGACUAACAAUUUUACCGAAGAGAAUAUAUUGGGGAGAGGUGGAUUUGGAACUGUUUACAAAGGGGAGUUGCACGAUGGGACUAAGAUUGCGGUUAAGAGGAUGGAGUCGGGAGUGGUAACUGGGAAGGGUUUGGAUGGGUUCAAGUCUGAGAUAGCUGUGCUUACGAAGGUCCGACAUCGGCAUUUGGUUGAUCUUCUUGGAUAUUGCUUGGAUGGAAACGAGAGGCUAAUAGUUUAUGAGUACAUGGCUCAAGGAACUCUUAGUAGGUUCUUGUUUAACUGGAAGGAGGAAGGGUUGAAACCCCUUGAGUGGUCUAAGAGGCUGACCAUUGCUCUUGAUGUGGCCAGAGGUGUUGAGUACUUGCAUGGUUUGGCCCAUCAAAGUUUUAUUCAUAGAGAUCUUAAACCAUCCAACAUUCUUUUAGGAGAUGAUAUGCGUGCUAAAGUAGCGGAUUUUGGACUUGUUCGUCUUGCACCGGUUGGAAACUCUUCAGGUCUAACUAAAUUAGCAGGAACUUUUGGAUAUCUCGCACCAGAAUAUGCAGCAACGGGACGAGUGACAGUUAAGAUUGAUGUGUUUAGUUUCGGAGUAAUUUUAAUACAAUUGAUUACUGGAAGAAAUGCCGUAUUUGAACUUGAGCCCCAGCAGGAUGAGUACAUUGAUCUCGUCACAUGGUUUCGUAAAAUACGUAUUUACAGAGGUUCAUUCCAAAAAGCUAUCGACCCAACAAUUGAUCUUGAUGAAGAAAUACUUGUGAGUAUCAACACUGUUGCUGAGUUGGCUGGUCAUUGUUGUACAAAGAACCCCUCACAGAGGCCCAACAUGGCCCAUGUAGUCAAUGUACUUUUAUCGUUAGUUGAGCUUUGGAAACCAUCAGACGCUCGGGAGCGAUUUGAAUUCUCUGGAGAGGUCAAGUCGACACAUUAUAGCCAUACAUUCCAAAAUGAGUGGCCACAAUUUUGUCAGGACACUGAAAAUUCUAAUCACAAUUUUGGGGAAUCAUUAGAGGCUCAUGGUCUUAAAAUACCACCAUCAAAGACAAUUUAAGUGGUGAUCAUGGGA